AAGACGGAAACGGCGGACAAAAGUAACCAAUGGCAUCCUCACUCGCACGGGACUGUCUGCUUCCUCGCCGACGAGUGCAUUCGGAGAGGCAAUUUCCGCGCCACACUAUCCCAUAGCCGGUCUCAUUCCGACGUAUGAACCGGGCCUUUUCGCGCAUGGAUCUGUUGAGGUGGCGCGUGGACUGCCCCUACUGGACCAUAUCCUCGAGCAUGAAAUGGUACAGAUGACAAGUAAAGAUGUCUUCAAAAGGGACCAACUUUCUUCAGCAAUUCUGCCAACAAAUGGCAGCGACGUCGAGACGAACGGUGCAAGUCCACAAGCAAAUGAGUCGUUUGCGUUGAAGCCAGAAGACAACCAUUUUCGCUCUUGGUGCCUGGACGAAGCAUUUGGCGCAGUGAAUCUGGUGAAGCAUCCGGAUCUCUCCAGCCCAUCCAAUCACACAUUUACACUUUUUUCUGGCUGUCCCGAUCUGGCCGUGGGCAGCGCGGCCCGAGUGCAGUUGCCCCUACCACUUCGACCC